AUGUACACAAUCGAUGCUGUGGUUCAAGCCGCGAACGUCAGAAUCUAUAUGACCAGCGUGAUGACUUUGACAGCCUUGUCUGUGGUGAUUUGUGUAAUUGUGAUUAAUUUGGACUCCCGCGGUGAGAAACUCCUCCCGGUUCCGGGAUGGCUGCGUCGUUUGGUCAAUCUAAAUCUGAUUCGCAAUAUGGUCGAUCAUGAGAGGAAUCCGAUGGAAGCGGCAGCCAAGCUGGAACACGUGAGUUAA